CCGGCUUUACCACAGACAGACAAUAAUAGAACGAAAACGGUUUUGUUUUGUUGGAAAAAAUGAUUUAAUUUUCCAUUCCAUAUUUAUUUCAAUCAUUUUUAUAUUCAUCGGUAAGAUUUCAAAUCCCCUUUCUAUAUUAGCAUCUAUAUAAUCAUGUUGAGUAGACAAUUUGUUCGUGGUUUUGCUUCCACAAAUGCAGUUAAGAAUUAUUCUUCAACUAUUAAGAAUUUAAAAGUUACAGCUGAUACUAAGGUUAUUUACCAAGGUUUUACUGGUAAACAAGCCACUUUCCAUGCUGAACAAGCUAUUGCUUAUGGUACCAAAGUUGUUGGUGGUACCAAUCCAAAGAAAGCUGGUCAAAGUCAUUUAGAUUUACCUGUUUUUGCUACAGUUAAAGAUGCUAUUGCUCAAACUGGUGCAAGUGCUACUGGUAUUUUUGUUCCACCACCAAUUGCUGCUAAGGCUAUUGAAGAAGCCAUUGAAGCUGAAAUUGCAUUAGCUGUAGCAAUUACUGAAGGUAUUCCUCAAAGAGAUAUGAUUAGAGUUGCUCAAAUUUUAAAGACUCAAGAUAAGACUAGAUUAGUUGGUCCAAAUUGUCCAGGUUUAAUUGCUCCAGAACAAUGUAAGAUUGGUAUUAUGCCAUCUUCUAUUCAUAAAAGAGGUAAGGUUGGUAUUGUUUCCAAAUCUGGUACUUUAACUUAUGAAGCUGUUGCUCAAACCACUAGAGUUGGUUUAGGUCAAUCAUUAGUUAUUGGUAUGGGUGGUGAUCCAUUCCCAGGUACUAAUUUCAUUGAUGCUUUAACUUUAUUCUUAAAUGAUCCAGAAACUGAAGGUAUUAUCUUAAUUGGUGAAAUUGGUGGUAAUGCUGAAGAAGAAGCUUCUGAAUUCUUGAAACAAUACAAUUUAACUAGAGAAGUUCCAAAACCAGUUGUUUCAUUCAUUGCUGGUGUUUCUGCUCCUCCAGGUAGAAGAAUGGGUCAUGCUGGUGCCAUUGUUGCUGGUGGUAAAGGUGAUGCUAAAUCUAAGAUUGCUGCUUUAGAAUCUGCUGGUGUUAUUGUUGAACCAUCUCCAGCUAGAUUAGGUAACUCCUUAUUACAAGAGUUCAAAAACAAAAAUUUAUUGUAAUUAGCUGAUACCGUUAAUAAGUGAAUAAAAUAAUGAAUUAUUACAUCUAUUUAUUCACUAAUUCAUUCCAGUUUAUUCUCAUUUUUAAAAUAUAGGUAUAGAUCCAAGAAUAAUUACUGUAGAAUUUCAUCUUACUUAUUUCUUGUACACAUCUAACUAAUUAUUCAAUACAUAUCUCAUGAAACAUAUAACCUUGUU